AUGAUUGGACUGCAGGCCCUCUUCGAUUUGGAGGCGACCAAUCAGGAGCUGAAGAGCGACCUGCGCGAUCUCUUCAUCAAUAGCGCCAAGGAGAUCGACGUGUCGAGCAGCCGCAAGGCGGUCAUCGUGCACGUGCCGUACCGUCUGCGCAAGGCGUUCCAGAAGAUCCACGCGCGCCUCGUGCGGGAGCUCGAAAAGAAGUUCAGCGGCAAGGAUGUAGUGUUGGUUGCCACCCGUCGCAUCCUCCCGAAGCCCCGCAAGGGCUCCAAGGUGGUGCGGCCGCGCACGCGCACGCUGACGGCGGUGCACGAGGCGAUCCUGGAGGACCUCGUCUUCCCCACCGAGAUCGUCGGCAAGCGCGUUCGCUUCCGAUUGGACGGUUCCCGCAUCAUGAAGGUGUACCUGGACCCCAAGGAGCGCAACAGCACCGAGUACAAGGUGGAGACUUUCUCUGCUGCUUACAAGAAGCUCACCGGCAAGGAUGUCGUCUUCGAGUUCCCCAUCACCGAGGCUGCUGCCUAA